AUGGCAAAAGACACAGAAAAUCCGGCAGAAGUCUGCCCAGUAGAUCCAGCUACGCGUGCGGCAUGGCUCAAAUCGAAUCCCUCAAGAACAGCAGCGUUCCCAGGUGCGACCAAAGACGCGAGUUUGGCAAGCCAAGGAAAUAGCUGCGACUCGAGCACAAUCGACCAGACACUUCCCCCUCCGCCUCCGAAAGGGCUUUUCUCACGAUUUUCCACUCCUUCUCCACCAGAAGCUCCCAAAUCUCUGGGAGUCGACCGCGAAAUUUCUACGAUUCCACGCGCUUCGCCAGUCAAUCAAGAUGCUGGAGCUAAACCUGCAAAUAGCGAGAAAGAAAGUGGUGUUAGUGAGAGUGGAAACUGGAUAUACCCUUCCGAGAAGAUGUUUUUUGAGGCUAUGAAAAGGAAGGGCUAUAGCAGUGACGCGAAGGAUAUGAAGACAAUUGUGCCUAUUCAUAAUGCGGUCAACGAAAGAGCUUGGAAAGAGAUCAAAGAAUGGGAACGGCCGUGGGGAAGUGAGGAGAAGUGUGGUGGCCCGAGAUUACAUUCCUUCCUUGGAUUAUCUACAACAAUGAGCCCAAAGGCGAGGUUUAAUACAUUAUUGGGAUAUGCUCCUCCUUUCGACCGACAUGAUUGGGUGGUGGAUAGGUGUGGAACGAGAAUAGAAUAUGUGAUCGAUUUCUAUGCGGGAAGAGAUGAAGGGAAGGGAAAUGGAAAGCUAAACUUCUUCUUGGACGUACGACCAAAGUUGAAUACUUGGGAGGGCUGGAAAAUGCGUGGAGCAAGGGCAUUUGGUCUGGCUUAG